AUGCCCGACGCUGACGCUAGCCCGCUGCGGCGAGAGCCCAACACGAACAACCAGGCAAGCGAGUACCCAACGACCGAGCGUCCUAUGACGGAAAAGACCAAAUCUACGGCAGAGAAAGAAUCCAAGAUCCAAGAUGCAGAGGAAGAGAAGGCUGGAGACUCUUCCGGAGCUUCGACCGAAGACGAAGAACACAUCGAAUUCGACGAGUGGGUAAAGUCGUUCGCCGCUGACCCCGACUCUGCUUGGAAGCAAAUGCAGCUUAAAUUCGAAGCCUUGAUGGCUACCGACAGUGAUGGUUACAUGACACAAGACAUUCAAGAAGAUGAGGAGGACGCCGAGGUUGCAGAUGAAACUCCCACGGCUUCAAGAGCCACCGAAUGCGAGUCGCCAGACCGCCCACGAGACAUCCCAGAUCACGAAGAAAACUGCGAGUGCUGUGAAUGCGAAUCGCCAGGUUUGCCAGAAGACUACCCGAAAAACCACCUUGAGCAAGCGAAGAAACUAGGUCAAGGCGAGUCGUAA